AGAAAAUGUAUGGUUACAGUCUCAUCUGAGUUAUGUCAUAGAAGAAUCAUUUCAAAAUAAUGGUAAAAAUGUCUCAAGUAAAAUUAUUGGGCCAGCUUUCAGAAAGAAUUCUUAGGCAAAGCAUUGCUAGACCAGCUGUUAGGUGUAUGUCAGAUUGGGUACCUAAGGAAAAAGAAACACACACUGGACAGAAAUGGGAUUCUGAUGACUACAGAUUAUCUAGAUUUGUAGACAGACCAAAACAUGUCAAUCCAAACUUCGCAAUUAAUCUUAUUGAUGAAGUUCCCCCAAAGCCAUGUAAAGAUCGCGUAGUAUGGUGUGAUGGAGGUAGUGGCCCUACAGGUCAUCCAAAAGUAUAUAUCAACUUGGAUAAACCCGGCAAUCAUGCCUGUGGAUAUUGCGGAUUGAGGUUUUAUAGGGAAGAACACCAUCAUUAAAUGCAUCUAAAGUUUUUUUUAUUUAGAACUAAAUUAAUAGGUAUAUAAAAAAUGUAUUUCAGAAAACAAAUAAAAGUAUGUGAAUCUGUUU